AUGGCGACUUCGUCUUCAACGUUAUCCAGCGGCGUCUCAAGGCUUCAAGUCAUCGCUCGCGACGGCAACAUGCCCAAUCUUAUCCUCGCCGGUCCUCCUGGAACGGGUAAAACCACUAGCAUUUUGGCUCUCGCUCACGAGCUACUUGGCCCCAAUUACAGAGAGGCUGUUCUCGAGUUGAAUGCAUCUGAUGAUAGGGGUAUCGAUGUUGUUAGGAACAAGAUUAAAAUGUUUGCGCAGAAGAAAGUCACACUUCCUCCAGGGCGUCAUAAAGUUGUCAUUCUUGAUGAAGCUGACAGCAUGACAUCUGGAGCACAACAAGCCUUGAGGAGAACUAUUGAGAUCUACUCAAACUCUACCCGCUUUGCACUCGCCUGUAACACCUCAGGCAAGAUUAUUGAACCCAUUCAGAGUAGAUGCGCCCUUGUUCGAUUCUCUAGGUUGUCUGAUCAGGAGAUACUAGGCCGUCUCAUGGUGGUCGUUCAAGCAGAGAAGGUCUGUGACCAACCUCACCCGCUUCAUGUCAAGAACAUGGUUCGCAAUGUGUUGGAACGUAAGUUUGACGACACUUGUCAUGGCAUGAAGCAGCUAUACGAUCUAGGAUACUCUUCUACCGACAUUAUCACAAAAAUUUUCCGUAUAAUAAAGAAUUAUGAUAUGGCUGAGUAUCUGAAACUUGAGUUCAUGAAGGAAACUGGAUUUGCGCAUAUGAGAAUCUGUGAUGGAGUUGGAUCAUAUCUACAACUAUGUGGCCUUCUCGCUAAGUUAGCCGGUGUUCGUGAAACAGCGAAAGCAGCUUAG